CUACCGCCCGGGCCCGAUAGCAGACGAGAUGAGUCGACGACAUCCCCGAGUCCCAACCAGACGAGACAGCAUGGCCGCCCGGACCACAGCGCGCGAGGACGGGGACGAGGGAUCGAGGAUGAGGUGAAGGACCAUGAGUCUACGACAACGCUCCCCAGGGCGGAAGCGGGGCCGCCUCAGAACCAGAUCGCCCUCUGUCAGACAUGCUCUGCGGCUGGCAAGUCAGUUCAGUGAUGCCGCGAGAAGAUCAGUUCAGUGUUCCAUACACUGGCUGCUAUGCUGUGACUGCCGCAGAUCAUCAACUCUUGUCUCGGCGCGUCAACCAUGGCGCUCACCCACGCGCGUGCCAGGCUGCUGAUGGCGCGAGCAAUUCUUCUGCCGCCACAACGAACGGCAAUUGGAGCGGUACAGGAAAUGAACGAAUCUCAGGAACAGACUACUCUAGCCCGGUAGUGAUGGUGGUGGUGAUGGUGAUGAGCUUGCAGCGCGCUGCACGCCUUCAGCCUCGCGAUGUGGCUACGUGGCUAGAGCUGCAGGCUGCGCUCCCGGUCCUGCACGGACUCAUAGCCCAUCCCGUCUUUGGGCACGGCUCGUUCGUUUGGUCUGCAUUUCUCGUUGUAGGAGUCAGCACUGCAAACUUUCGGUGUCGGGACUACCGAGCCAUUGGAAUUCCAGUCCCGGCGUGUCUCGGUCGUUGUGUUGCCGGUCUCACAGGAGUGACUGCAACGCGCCCUUGACGGCAGUCUUGUGCUACUAAAAAAACAUCACUGGAAGUUUUCACGCUCGAGCAAACAUUGCUGAAGGAGUCAGGACCUCAUCGAUAGCAUGGCCACAAACGAUGCAUCAGAUGCCGCGAUGGCAGAGAAGCACCUGCUUGAGAUGCAAAACCUCCUACAACAGAAACACUCAUUCCAAGGUGAUGAACCCUAUGAGAAGAACGCCUCCACCGCGCUUGGCGGUGUCAAGUCAUUGCGCUCCCGACUAUGGUGGCCCAAGAGAGCCUCUCCUGCGGGACCUGUGAAAGAAAGGCCCAGCAGUCCUGCGAAGGAGCGUUUACGACGAACAGCAUAUCUCGAUGGCCUACGUGGAGUCGCAGCACUACUGGUCUAUUCUCUGCAUCAUCAGAACUGGGCUCGUGCGAAUGUGGUCGAGAGAGGCAUCCUCGAAAAUGCCUAUGGCUGGGAGAGGCACUAUUACUUUGCAACUUUGCCAGGGUUUCGCGUCUUCUUCUCGGGCGGUCACACCGCGGUCGCCAUCUUCUUCGUCAUCUCCGGAUAUGUGCUGUCUGUAAAGCCAUUGGGCAUGAUCAUGGGCGGACCGAGUGAAGCAGCGAGCCUGUCCAGGAACGUGGGUUCUGCACUGUUUCGUCGCUGGAUUCGACUCUACAUUCCCGUAUUAGCAACGACAUUCAUAUUCAUGACAUGUUGGCAUCUGUUUGGAAUCCAAUCAAGCCACCCUAUGGCGCUCAAACCCGAGAAGACCUAUAUGGACGAACUGUGGAGGUUCUAUUGCGACUUCAAAAAUUUCAGCUUCAUCUUCUCGGAAAACACGAACCACUACAACGACCACACCUGGUCUAUCGCAAUGGAAUUUCGAGGCUCGAUCGUGGUCUACACCUCUCUACUUGCACUUGCUGAAUGCGCAACAAACAUGAGACUCCUGUGUGAAGCAGGCCUGGUUUACUACUUCCUGUAUAUUGUGGAUGGAUGGUACUGCGCACUCUUCAUGGUGGGCGUGUUUCUGUGCGAUCUGGACCUGCUACUACUAUCGGAUCAGGCUCCAAAGAUGUUUCGACGGAAUAUCGGCAAGUGGUUCUGGUGGCUAUUGUUCAUCAUCGCCUUGUAUCUGGCCGGUGUGCCAUCAGCCAGUAACGAAAUCCGUGACCUCAAGACAGAACCUGGCUGGUAUUACCUCGCCUACCUGAAGCCGCAGGCCAUGUGGGAUUUCCGCUGGUUCUUCCGUUUCUGGGCUGCGACAUUCGCUAUGAUUUCCAUUCCGCGUCUGCCAGUCAAGAAAUUCUUCGAGACUGCAUUCUGCCAAUACCUUGGCAAGGUCUCAUUUGCGCUCUAUCUGGUACAUGGUCCGAUACUUUGGACAGUUGGAGACAGGAUAUAUGCAGCAACAGGUCGACCACAAGAGAGCUCGUUCGCCAUGGCACCCAACUGGAUCAAUCUUUUCCAGUUUCCGAGCUGGGGACCGUUCUGUCUGGAGACGAAUUACCUGGCAGCCCAUCUGAUACUAUUGCCACUCACUCUGGGAGUCGCUGAGCUUGUGACAAACCUUAUUGAUGAACCCAGCGUCAAUUUGGCGCAAUUGGCGUUCACAACAGCUACUCGGAGGCCCAGAGCAUCUUCCGAGUGGCGCACAGCAAGUCAAAGAAUCAAGUGAUGGAUAAUGACGCCUCGCGGGGAAUGUUAUGUUAGCAAAGCAAAUGUAAUCGAUGAACCACUUUCCAACAAACG